UCCAUGCCCUGUCCCCAGAGCCACUGCAGAUGUGUCCAGUCCCGCUCAGCCAUGCAGUAUUGUCUCAACUGGUCAGGCACUGCAGGACAUGAACCCAGACUCUGAAGAGACAGCAGAACUCAUCGAGGACCUUAAUGUGGAGGAGCGAGAUGAAGAUGAGGGCUUCUGUGACAUCAGCGAGGAUCACACCAUAGCAGAUCCAGAGGCUGUUCUGUCACCACCCUUCUCCACACUGACACUGUGUUCUUCCACCCUGGUCACCAGCAGUGAAACGGCUGUACUGGGUUCCACAUCCCCUUCACUGGUCCCUGACCCUACACCAUCUCCUUCAUCACCUGGACCAUCAGGGACUGCUGUGCCACCUGUUCCCUCUGGAACAUCUGUUUCACCACUCUCCUCAGAGUCAGAGGAUGCUGAUCAGGAUGAUGAUGAUGAAGAGACUGUAAGUGCCACUCCUCUGUAUUUCUGUCAAAGAAACUAGAAUAAAUUCAAACAAGGAUGGAUCAACAUCUACUUCUUGCUA